AAGAACCAAUGUAUCUUAACUCAGAUCUUGUUCGGGAUCAUGCUCUUGGCGCAUUCCAUUGAGGCCGGCCUAACCAUUUAUGACAUAACCAAGUAUGGUGCCAAGGCCGAUGGCAGCGAUAUCAGCCCGGCUCUAUUGAAUGCUUGGACUGAGGCUUGUAAAUCUCCAACCGAAAGCAGAGUUAUUAUACCACCCGGUAAUUAUAAUUUGGAAGCAAUAGUUCUUAAGGGACCAUGUAUGGCCCCAAUUAACCUCCAUGUCCAAGGCUACAUCUCUGCGCAAGCAGAUCCGGCUCAUUUCCAAGCGGGGGCGUGGAUCCAACUCAACAAUCUCAAUGCCCUAACCGUCUCAGGAACAGGCACCUUCGACGGUAAGGGUUCCAUGGCUUGGGGCUUGAACGAUUGUGGGAAAAAUCUUAACUGCAAGUGGUCGCCAUUUCAAAUAAGUUUUAACUUCGUGACCAACACGGUUAUUCGCGAGAUAACAUCCAAGGAUAGCAAGAACUUUCAUAUGACUCUUUUGGGAGGUAUGAACGUGACAUUCCAAAACGUUAAUAUUGUUGCGCCCGGCGAUAGUGUUAACACUGACGGAAUUCACGUGGCACGGUCAAACGGAGUGAGCAUACUAGACACCAACAUCGGAACCGGCGACGACUGCAUUUCUCUAGGCGACGGAAGCAAGCAGAUUAAAAUUGAGAGGGUGAAUUGCGGACCAGGGCACGGGAUCAGUAUCGGAAGCUUGUCAAAGUAUAAGGAUGAAGAGACCGUUGAAGGAAUUUUCGUAAAGAAUUGCACACUCACCGAAACCAUGAACGGAGUCAGAAUCAAAUCCUGGCCGACAUCCCCUGGUCCAGGAUCAGCAUCGGACAUGCAUUUCGAGGACAUUGUGAUGAACAACGUUAGCAAUCCAAUUAUCAUUGAUCAAGAAUACUGCCCCAGCAACCAAUGCAUUUUAAAGUCUUCGUCGGAAUUGGUGAUCAGCAACGUGAGCUUCAAGAACAUCCGAGGGACGUCUGCGACGAUGGAAACGAUUAUUAUUGACUGUAGCAAGACCCAUCCAUGCCAAAAUGUAGAGCUUGGAGACAUCAACUUGUCCUAUGUUGGAACAAGACCCGGAAAUGCUACGUCAACGUGCUCAAACGUGUCGCCCAAGCUUUCAGGAGUUCAAGUUCCACCUGCUUGUACUGCUGAGGCUCAGAAAUUCAAAUAUGCAUUAGAUGGAUAA